AUGUCCGGCGUGCUCUACGUCCAGAUCGGAUCUGUGUCCGGAGUUUCCAAGCACAUAUAUCACUUCAACGUCGGGCAGAGUGGAUUAGUGUUCAUUAUCGUCGUUGUGGGAAGUAUCCUGGGACUCCUUGCCAAUUUCUACCAGGAUGUGCUGUACUGGAAAUGCGUGUCUCAGAGGGGCCCUGAAGCAAGGCUAUACAUCGCUUCGGACUCUUGCAUCUUCUGGAUGUGGCCUGUUGUCGGUUUAUCGGUGGUUUUCAUUUAUCUGGCAGACUGCUAUGGUCCAAUGGCAUCUUCUGCUUUGGCGGACCAGGGUCUAGCUCGUAAUAUGGGUAGCUUUGGAUUCCCCUUCUUCUCCCACAUAAUGUUCAAGAAGCUGACAUACAAAUGGCCCAACACUAUCUUUGGUGGUGUUGCUGUCCUGCUGAUUCCAGUCCCUUUCAUUCUUUUCUUGUAUGGACCCUCACUUCAAAAACAGAGCACAAUAUACAGCCAGCUAAUGCAAGAUGAAGAAAAACCAGAACAGUUUGAAUUUCCUAAAUCCCAGCUAGACUAGGCUCGGGUUGAUCCGUGUAUGAGCU